CCCCCCCACCUAAUAGCCUAACCUGAAAACGUAGGCUUUAAGUGAUGGAAACCACGAGAGCUGUAAGGUCCACCUCCCCAUUUCGGACCCCAAACCUCACAUAUUUACCAUUUAAUGCCACUCUCCAUCUCUCUCUGUCUACUGUGAAGUCUCCGAUCUCUCUCUUUGUCUAGCUCUUGCUCUUCAGCUCUGUUCAACUUCAAUGGCAGUUCCUUCAAGCUCAAUCUCUCUACUUCUCCUCUAAGCUUCAGCUUCGCUCUGCAACAAUGGCGGUUUUCUUGAGCUGAAGCCAGUAUACUAUAUGCUCCACUCUCUUUUUUCUCUCUCUUGAGCUUCUACAAGUUUUUGGCUUUAUAUGAGGUCAAAGUUCUAGUUUGGAGAAAUCCAAGCUGAAUGCACUAGUUUACGCUUCGAUUUCAGAUCUAUUUCGUGCUGGUUUUUGGUUGGAGGAAGUUCAUGAUGACUCAGAACGGUGCGUUUGGUGUAGAAAUCGUUGGCAGUGGUUGGAGAAGUGAGUGAGAAGCCAAGCUAUGGUUUUUUUUUAGGUUAGUGGCUUAGGGCUUUUGUUUACUACUAUUUUUGAUCUGCGAUUAUUGGAGAGUCGUGGAGCUAGGGUUUUUUUGGCGAUGAAUCGGAGUUUUAGGGCACACGAGUCGCAAAUGCAAGCGGCGAUGAGACAGAGGCAACAGCAAUUGGGAGGUCUUAGGGUUUCGGUGAUGAAGGAGAAGGAAGAAGAGCUCGCAUUGUUCCUUGAGAUGAAGAAGCGCGAGAAGGAACGGAAUGAUCUUCUUCUAAAUGGCUCGGAAGAGUUCGAUGCGCCAUUAGGAUCAAAACCCGGAACUUCUCCUAUAUUUAAUAUUUCAUCAUCGACACCGGCACCAACACGCAAGACGGGUGCUGAUGAUUUCCUCAAUUCUGAAAAUGAUAAAAAUGACUAUGACUGGCUUCUAACGCCUCCUGGUACCCCUCUAUUUCCUUCUUUGGAGAUGGAAUCACAAAAGACUGUAAUGAGUCAGCUUGGUACCCCAAAGGCUCGCCCCACUGCCCUGAAAUCUAGGUUGGCAAACCCACAGCUAGAGCCUACUACAAGGAGCAACUUAGUAUCUAAACAAGCAACUUCCUCCCCUGGUUUGAACACUUCAAGUGCUGGGAUUCGCAGGCCUUCAUCAUCAGGGGGUCCAGGAUCAAGACCUGCAACACCAACUGGGCGGCCCACAUUGACCACGACGUCUAAACCUUCAAGAUCCUCCACACCUACGUCCAGGGCUUCAUUACCUUCAACUAGGCCCUCAGUUUCAGCAACAAGGCCCACAGUCUCAGCAGCAAGGCCCACAGUUACGGCAACUAAGCCCACAAUUUCUGCAACUAAGCCUACAGUUCCUGCAUCUAAGCCUACAGUUCCUGCAUCUAAGCCCACAGUACCUGCGAGAUCCUCUACACCAUCGAGGUCUACAGCAAGAUCUUCAACUCCAACUGCAAGACCCACUUUACCUUCAUCCAAGCCCACAUCAAGAGCAGCAACACCAACUCGUAGACCGUCAACACCAUCAAGUGCACCGACUGUAUCCGCUCUUCCAAUUAAGUCAUCUUCUUCAAUUUCAAAGUCCGUUCCAAUGACAUCAAGGAAUCCUGCACCAUCACGUGGAACUUCCCCAACGGUGAAGUCCAGACCAUGGAAACCGUCAGAGAUGCCUGGUUUCUCACUUGAUGCUCCACCGAACUUAAGGACAUCAGUACCUGAAAGGCCACUGUCAGCCACUAGGGGUAGGCCUGGGGCACCUAGCUCUCGAUCGUCCUCCAUUGAGCCUAGUUCUAAUGGAAGACCAAGACGGCAAUCAUGCUCUCCUUCAAGAGGAAGGGCUUUGAAUGGCAUUCUUCAUGCCAGUGGGAGUUCUGUUCCAGCAGUGAAUCGUGGGCAUUCUAAAGUUAAUGACAAUGUGAGCCCUGUCUUAAUUGGAACGAAAAUGGUUGAAAGGGUAAUAAACAUGCGUAAACUGGCACCACCAAGGCAAGAUGACAAACAUUCUCCUCAUGGUAAUCUCUCAGGGAAGUCAUCCUCAUCCCCGGACAGCUCGGGCUUUGGAAGAACACUCUCAAAGAAGUCUCUAGAUAUGGCUAUAAGGCAUAUGGAUAUCAGACGAAGCAUUCCAGGUAAUUUACGGCCAUUGAUGACAAAUAUUCCAGCAUCCUCUAUGUACAGUGUGAGGUCUGGGCCUGGACGAAGCAGAGCUAUUAGUGUUUCAGACUCUCCUCUUGCCACGAGCAGCAAUGCUAGUUCUGAAGUUAGUGUGAACAAUAAUGGCCUAUGUUUAGAAGGGAGUGAAGUAGAAGAUGAUAUCAGCAGUGAGAGAGGUGGUCGAUCACCUGCUAGUAUGCGUGGCAGGUGAUAGUUCUGAGUGCACUCUCCUGAGAUAUAAACUGCAUUCUCAUCUCCUUAUAUUCCCAUUUUGAAUUUGAAUCAUCCUGACUGCUAAAGAGGAACCGAAUUCCCUGAAAGAACUGACAGAGUCAUGCUUCUAUGAUUAAUGUAAAGUUAUUCAAAUUGUUGGGAUUUAAGCCUAUGUAAUUCAUGAUUGUUGUUAAAUUAGGGUAAGUAGUUUUGUACUGGACAGCCUCUCCUGCCCAUUUUUCUACACGGUUAUGGGUUGUGGUACUUCCUUUGGAAAGUUGGACCCUUGUCACUGAAAACUAGAAAUCAAAUUACCUCUCCCCCAUUCUUGCUUC